AUGGCUGGAGCAGGUCCAGGCAUCGCCAGCUCGUUGAUGGUCCAGGCUCCGCCCAGGCCGGCCACCAGCCAAAGGAACGAACCGUCGUCAUCGUCAACUGAGACCAAGCAAGUCAACAUAGCAGUCCACGACGAGAAGUCGAAACCUGGCCCAUCAGACCGCCGGAAACAGCCCACUCCGCAGACGACUAAGCCCUCAAAACCCAAACCACGAUUCUUCAGCCGAGCUGUUCGCAAUUCCGCCAACCAGGGCGAGAAUAAGACGUCAGGUUUUGGAAAAAACCGCCGUAUUGAUAUCACCCAAAGCAGCUGGAACGCGCGCGCUGAUGGCAAAGAUCGUGAAACUGUCACCUUGAACAUCAAAUCCGAGAACGAGAAAGCGCAGAGUCGCCGAUCCUUCCGGUGGGUUCAUCACGAGCGCGAAACGACUGCGGUCUCUUUCGCCGAAUUCCAAAAGCAUGUUGAGGAAACAGAGGGACUGGAGCCCGAGGAGCUUGCAGUCGCUACCAAAUGCCUAGAAGAAGUCAGGAGGCAGCGAAAGAUAUCUGUCCGUGGACGCUAUUUCGAGGAAACGGUGCAUAAGUCCGAGACCAAGCACACGGUAAUCGAGGAGCAUGUGCCAGUGAGAGCGACAUUCAUCAGCAUACCCUUAUUCGCACUUCUGGAAGGCUCAGACGACAUCACGACAGCGAACACUUACCCGAGUUCGAAGGUCGUGAGGGGUUCCGACGAGCAUCCCCUAAGGACUCUGCUACAACACACAAACCACCUCGCAAUUGAUGAUGAAAGGGAUCGCAGCCAGGUAAUCACGAGGUUGCCGCGUGCUUCAGGUGGGAAGAAGGCAUAUAUUCAUGUACCAGAGUUUUGGGCACUCGUGGUUAACAUGUACACCUGCAUUACGUGUUCCGUGCUCAGUGUGCAAGAACUUUGCGGGGAUAAUAUACUACUGAGGUCACCAACUUUGUCGCCUGGGGACUUGCUGAACAAGGGCAAAGAUACCAGAACCUUCGUCAAAUAUACAGAUCGCAGAGGUCGACUCUUUGACUUGGAAUGUCGCAAGUUCCAUACAUUGAUUGACUAUGUUUCAAGCAUCGAGAUGCCGCAAGAUGAAGUACGCAGACUCAUCAUGGCCGAGAAGCUUAGCCGAGACGACUCCGAGUACAAGCUUGUCGACUUGAGAUUUCAGCCAGUCGAUAAAAGUCGCUGGAUCGAUAUCGUGGACUCUAUGUUUACAAGUGCCGAGUUUGUCCAUCUGAGGCUGACAAGACAGGUCGCAGGAGAUUCUUUGAACCUCGACUUCGCCCAGAGGCAGCAUCACAACUUUCGUGUCAGAACGUUCGUCUGGACCGCCUUGAAGCUGUGCCUCGAAGUAAUGAAGAAAAAGCGACUGGAUGCCCUCAGAGCUCGAAAACCAACGGAUAAGCUUCAAGAGCGCAUCGACAGUCUGGGCAGAAGAAUUAGAAGGCUGCAACGUAUACGUAUGGCUAGCAGAUUUAUGCUAUAUGCUGCGAGAUUCCAUCUAACCAUGCCUGAAGUGGUUACUUCGUUGGAUCACGCAGUCAGUCUCGAGGAGAGAUUGACGGGAAGGCAACAUCGGCAUCGCCGCUCGUCAGGUCAGCGUCACGGGCUCACCCAAUUCCUUCACCACUCUCGGCCUUCCUCGCCCAGCGACUCUGUAUCAUCAAUCGGGCCACGGUCGAGCAGUCCGGUAGGUUUGUCGAGACAAGCUCAGGAACCUCCUCGGAUCAUCAUCCAGUCAGAAGACGAUAGUCCAGGCCAAGUUCACAGCCCAAUGGUAUCUUUCAGCCAGCCCGACACGAGAGAUCCCAUUGCAGAGGGGUCUGGUCGGCAGUACGUGUCUACAGUCGUUGCUGAACCAGCUCAGGCCGAGAGCGCUCUUGAUCUCGAAUCCAACCUGUUGCCUGCAGCCAUACCCAGCCCUAAACGAGCUUCAACUGCUAUCUUUGGCGAGCCACUCCCUCCGCUAUCAACGGCAUUUCGACCAUCGCUGGAGUCAACGGAGCGAUUUCCAACUAUGGUUCGUCGUCACUCCACGUACUCGAGCUCGGGUUCCAGUAUAACAUUAUUUGAUCCUAGUCCGCUUCGCAGGCCACUUCGAACAGAUGGCGACGCUGCGUUGAGAGUUCCACCAAGAUCGUCAGAUGGGGGUCCACGGCCUAUCCUCUGGCGUCAGCUCACUUCAUCAGGCACUGUUCCACGUAUUGAGCACACCGCAAGGCCUCCGCUCGUUGCGCAUGACAAAAGUAUAGAUGACGCAGACCUCGAUCAAGACAUGUCUGAGCAAGCUAAGAGACGAAUAUCUGGACAUCUACAGCUGCAUCCGUUCUUCAAAUGGCAACAGGACGAUCAACUAGGAUCCGAUCAAGGUCGGACCGAGCGCUUGAAACCAACAAGGUCCGCGGACCAGGCCUCGCUAAGCAGACACGGUCCUCAUGAUGAUGUGGAAUCUGUACUUGAACGGGUCGACGCUUUGUUGAACCAGGAGGCUACCUACAAAGCUCAGCAUCUGGACAUGAACAAACUUGAUUACCUUCAGGUACCGAGCAGCUCUUUCGACGAGGUUUGCCGAAGAUUGAAUGUCGAGCGGGACAAUCUGGAGACCCUGAGGCAAAAUCCGUCACCAGCUUCUGAGGCAGAUUCCAGCUUGCACGAGAAGAAAGUCGAGCUAUUUCUCAGUACGUACGGUAUAUUGAGCUGCUUCAUAGGUCCGAGUCCGCAAGAAUCGGUCGUGGUUUCGAAGCUAUACGGUAUUUUGUUUGAGAUCUGCAAUCUUUCCACCAAAGAGUCGCGUCCAACCACGAUCACCCACCGACAUGAGGUGAAAUUCAUUCAUGCUGCAGCCGAGUAUAUGCCAAAGCUUGAGGUCCACGUUUCGGACCUUCUGAAGAGCGCUCGUCCGGACUCGGGGGACGAUGAGACUGCGGUUGGAUACAAGCUGUGCCCACCUAUUGUCUACGCUUUUGCAAACAUCAUCAUUCAUCUCCUCUGCGUGUGGAGGGCCGUAACGACCUUCACCAUUGAAGCGCCAAGCAUUGAAGAGGUGAAAAGUCAGACUUACAAGCACCUUGUAGAAGCUGAUCUGACAUUCCUUCGACUGCGCGCACAUGCUGAAGCAGAGCACGAUCACUUCGCCUGGACCGAGUCCCUCAAAACAGCCGACACCCUUGUGGCACUGCUCGUCGAAAACGCCUUAGACAUUGCCGACGGUGAGCCAGAGCCCGCAUCCGAGCUGCAAGGCGACGCCGCGAUCAGUCCACGAUUCGAUCUUCGCCACGUGUAUAGUCUUUACACAGCAGAGUGUAUCGUCAGAGCUAAGAGACAUGCAAGUGCUCGCAUCUAUAAGGAUGUCAAAUACCUCAUCGAGGAAAUUAACGCCAUCCGCAGCAUCCUGAUUCACCAGAGAAUUGUUUUUGAAGGCCUAUUUAAGAAGCGCGAGUCAUCACUGCAAGCUCUGGACAUUCGAGUUAGGGAUCGUGCGCGUCAGCAUCUUAUCGAGACCGAGAAGCAUUUCGAAAAGCUGCUAGAGCAUGCCAAUCAAACAGCAGACUGGAAUCAGCACUUCAUCAACGUUAGGGGCGAGGACAACAACAAAGCCAUUACCGUCUUCAGUGAGUACUCAAACAGACUCUCCACCUUCCUGAGGACCCGACGCGUUCAUCGUCAACCUGUCCAGGAGCUCUUUGCUGCAAUAUGGUACUGA